CACCCGCUGCUCUGGGCGCUCGGAGGUUGUUGGGGGGGGGACGGUCGGUAAAAAUAACCGUGAGGACAGAGGCGGGGACUGGAUCUGGGCCGGAGCGAUCCCGGCCGGGGCUGCUAUAAAAAGAAAGAGCGACCACUUCUCACCUCUCCGGGCAGCAGCGGGCGGGCGGCUGAGGGAUUGGGUGCCGCGGGAGCAGCACCCCGACCCCGCGCUCGCCGCGGGGUGCAGCCGCUUGCCGAGGAACCGGCUGCUUCCCUGCCCGGCACUGCAGCGGCUGGGGUCUUCCCCUGGGGAGGUUCUGCCCUCCAUGGAGCAUCUUUUGCUGGGUUUGGUGCUGCUGGCCAGGAUCCUGGCCGCUGGCAACCCCCUGCACUGGCGAGACCGCGAGCCCGUGAAGGAGGUGGCACUGGAUGUGGCCCCCACCUCCUUCGACGACCAGUACAGGGGCUGCGGCCGCAUGAUGGAGGAGGAGCUGGAGGAGCUGAACCGUACCGAGUUUGCCAACAACAGGAUCUACGCCGAGGCCUGGACUCAGGCCGCUGCCGAAUGGCGGAGCCGGCGGGGCCGCGUCCCCCAGCCGCCAGCGCUGCGGCCGGAGCAGAUGGUGGCCCUCAUGGCGUACACCCUGCAGGGACCCCUGCACCAGGCGUUCAACGCGGCCGUGCGCGAGGCCGGGCGCUCCCGCGAGGAAUACCUGAGCACGUUCCACUUCAAGGUGCUGCAUUUUCUCCUGAGCGAGGCCCUGCGCACCCUGCGGGACGCCCAGCCCCACCGCUGCUACCGCGUCUACCGUGGAGUCCAGGGCAUCCGCUUCACCGCCCGGCACCAACAGAGCGUCCGCUUUGGCCACUUCACCUCCACCUCCCUCCAGAAAAAUAGGACCCUGCCCUUCGGCCAGGACACCUUCUUCUCGGUGGACACCUGCUACGGCGUCCCCAUCAGGAACUUCUCCUUCUUCCCCGAGGAGGAGGAGGUCCUCAUCCCGCCCUUCGAGAGCUUCGAGGUCACCAAUGUCACCCGCAGUGGGGACAGAGCCCUCAUCCAGCUCCGCUCCCGGGCCGCGUUCAGCACCUACAACUGCGAAUGGGUGAAAGAGAAGCGAUGCCAGAACCAGACGUGCGACUUCAGCGCAGGCAGGAGCGUUGCCGGGGACCCCCGGCUCCUCUGGGGGCUCCUCCUGGCAGCCACGGCCCUGGCAGCCGCUGGGAGCCCCUGAGCCACGAUGGCACCGCUGCCACGGCCCCACGGUGAGGGACAGAGGCCGGGGAUGGCAGCCACCAGCUUCACCCAGACGGUGGGACGGGACGGGGCAGCAGAUGGGGCUGGGGGUGUGGGGACAGCCCCACUGCACCCCCUGUGCCCAGCUCAGCCCUGCCAUGGUGCCACCGGCCCCGGGACGUGCCGGCAGCCCUGGGGACACCGUUGGAGCCCGGAUGAGGCCUUUCACAGAGCCGCGGCCGGAGCUUUUGGAUGCAGCUGAGCGUGGGAUCCCCCGCCAAGGAUGGGGGCUGGCGCUGCUGGGGACCGGGACGGGGACACAGCGAGGCUGGUUUUGGGGGUGUCCAUGCCCAGCCACCUGCUCCGUUGCUCGCCUUCC